CUCUUCCUGGUUGCUGUUGGACCGAUCAGAGAUCUGAUAAAACCAUGAGGAUCUUCCUGCUCUUCUGCCUUCUGGCUCUUGGAAACACCAAACCCUAUAGGCCCGUCAACAUCAUGGACUUCAUGAAAAACUACGACAUCAUGAUGGCGGAUUCUGAUGAAGACGAGGACAGUGAUGAAGAGGAUGAGGACGAGGAUGAGGAUGAUUACGAUGAUGAGGACUGUCCAGCCCACUGUCGCUGUUCACCUCGAGUGUUGCAGUGCUCCGAUCAGGGUCUAAAAUCUGUCCCUGAGAAGAUUCCUGAGGACACGGUGAUCAUCGACCUCCAAAACAACGACAUCACUGAGAUAAAGGAAAACGACUUUAAAGGCUUGAGCAGGCUUCACGGUCUGUUUCUGAUCAACAACAAGAUCUCCAAGAUCCACCCAAAGGCCUUCAGGAACAUGGACCACCUCAGACUGCUCUAUCUGUCCUACAACCAGCUGACGGAGGUCCCCGCCAACCUGCCGCCCAACAUCAUCGAGCUGCGAUUCCACGAAAACCAAAUCAACAGAAUCCAGAAGGACGCGUUCAAAGGGCUGAGGAAGCUGCACGUGUUGGAGCUGGGAGCCAACCCUCUGGUCAACAGUGGGCUGGAGCUGGGAGCGUUCAACGCCAUGUCCACGCUCUACAUCGGGAUGGCAGAGGCCAAACUGACGGCUGUGCCCAAAGACCUCCCAGCGUCCAUCACAGAACUGAACCUGGACUACAACAAGAUCUCCAAGGUGGAGGUGGAAGACUUCAUCAGAUAUAAAAACCUGCAGAGGUUAGGUUUGGGUUUUAACCAGAUCAAGUUUGUAGAAAACGGUAGUUUGGCCAACCUUCCAAACGUCAGCGAGAUCCAUCUGGACCACAACCGUUUGAAAAAGGUUCCACCAGGCCUGGGCUCGCUGCGCUACCUCAGGGUGAUUUAUCUUCACGGCAAUAAAAUCAAAGACGUGGGCUUCAACGACUUCUGUCCCACAUCUCUGAGCGUGAAGAAGAACCCGUACACGGCCAUCAGCCUCUUCGCCAACCCGGUGAAAUCCUGGAACAUCCAGCCCGCCACCUUCCGCUGCGUGACCAGCAGGAGGGCUGUCCAGCUGGGAAACUUCAGGAAGUAGGAGAAGAAGAACUGCUAACAUCCUGAUGAGACGAUGAGGACCAGCUGGAAAUAUUUCUGAUAAUUAAAUGUUUUAAUGUUGAUGUAAAAACCUGUGUUCAGCUUGAUUCUAGAGUCUGUCAGCUAAUAAAUCAUAUGAAAUCAUAAGCUAACAUUACUGAGGGACUGAUCACAUUUAGAGGUUACUCUGACAGGAAAACAGCGCCACCAUCUGGUCAUUUCUUACUCGGACUCACCUUUUAUCAGGUUUUUUUAUUUUAAAUGAAUAGGAAUCAUUUUAACAUUAAAUGUUUUACUGCUUUUUUAUUAUUAUUAAUUAAAAAAGAUAAUUACCAAAGCAGAGUUAGACUGGAGAUGCAGUGUUAGCAGAGAAAAGGUAUUUGUUUUUAAUUUAGGUCUGAAAUAUGGACGGAGUGCUGCUUGAAUAAUUUAGUUGACUUUGAAGCCUAGUGUUGGUGUUUUUGUGGAUGUUUUAUGUUAUCUAACUGCAUGCUCGUGGCUGAAUCAGACUGAUGUAGAUGUGUCCUCUGCAGAGCUGAGGUCCAACCCAUCAAUCAUUUCUUCCUGGUUAUCCAAUCAGCCUGCAGACGUCCAAUCAGGAGCAUCUUCUGCUCAAACGUGUUCUUACCUCCUGGAAAAUGGUGCUAUAUUUAUUCAGGAUGUCUGUAAUAAACCUGGAACACCUCAAACAAUAUUGUUCCUGUCUUUAAAAACAAUUAAUAAAACUUAAAUUGAAAAGGAAA